AUGGUACCAGCUAAAAUUAUCAACAUCCACGAAGAUGAAGAAAUAUUUAUGGAGAGUAGGCAUUUUCAACUAGAAAAAUGUUUGUUUAGUAUUCCUGGAAUUGUAAUUAGAGGUCCAAGCUGUAUGGUGCCCGUUUCUAACAUGAGUGAGGAAAUGGUAUGGAAAGAGGGUAAAUUAAUUGGUAGAGGAUGUAGAUGUACCAACUUCACUACUAUGGGAAGGCCCAGGAUUAUACAAAUGAAGAGGAUAGAGAUAGACCAAGGCAGAUCACUUCCUCCAGUGCCGACAGCAAAUUCAACCCCAGUAAGAAACAGUGCCAACAAAAACAGUGGAACUCCCAAUUCCCUCAAAAACUCUACGACGAAUAAAAGCUCUCCUUUGAUAAAAAACGCUCUGAACAAAUCCAGUGCGACUCCAAACGCAAAGACCUCCAACUCUAACCGCAAUAGUGCUACGCCCAACGGGAAUAGGAGCGCUACCAUUGGCAGAAAUAAUGCUACCCCCAUCGGUAGGCGUAGUGUCACGCCCGUCGGCAACAGGCAUAGCUCUUCGUUUACUUCAAAUAGGAAUAGCUUGUCUCCGCACAUAAAUAAGAGCGGAGCUACUCCGAACUCCGUUAAGAUCGGCUCGGGAGGAGGCAGACAUAAAAGAAAAAAAGGGGGGACAAGUUUUUCGGCCACUACAUCUGUGUUGAAAGACAAUUACUCGGAUGCGGAGGCAGAACCAGAUGAGGAUCCUCGAGCCGCUUCUCUGGUAGACCUGAACAAUCCCCAGUGGAAACUUUUCGAAGCAGUUCGGAUCGCAGUUGGUAGCAAUGGUGCUCCUCUGUGCGAUCCCUUUUGGAAGUUACCGUCACGUCGUCUCUAUCCAGACUAUUACCGGGAAAUAAAAAAUCCCAUGUCACUGGGCCAGAUUAGAAGGAAAUUAGUUUUGAAAUUGUACGGAACUGUCAGUGAAGUGGCUGGCGAUUUGACGAUAAUGUUUGAAAACGCAAAAAAGUAUAAUAUAGCCACAUCUAAAUUAUAUAAGAUAUUUACAGAGACCACACCAACUGAAGAACCGGUCAGAAGGAAACCCGGGCCUAAACCUAAAAACCCCACACCUGGUCCUCACACUCCGAGCAGAGGAAGACCACCAAAAGAUUCGAUGUCUCUCAAGAAAAAAUUGCAUACUUUGGCCAAAUACAUGUUAGAUUAUACGUGUGAAGAUGGUAGGAAGCCAAUGUUGGCUUUUAUGGAGAAGCCCUCUAAAAAAUUGUACCCCGGUUAUUAUAAAGUGAUAGCGGAACCUAUAGAUUUCCUGGAAAUCGAGUCCAAAAUUAAGGCGGAACAGUACAGCUGCGAGAACGACUUGGUGAACGAUUUCAAAUUGAUGUUCAGCAAUUGUCGGCAGUUCAAUGAAGAGAAUUCGCCCAUUUACGAAGACGCCAACUUGCUGGAAAAGAUCCUCAUAGAUAAAAUAUCUCAGCUUAAGCCAAUCACUGUCACUCCGGAAAAGCCUAAGAGGGAAAGGAUAGUUUUGAAACCUUACAAACCAAGGCGGAUACUCUCCCCUUUGGAGAGAACCCUGAAGAGCCUCUACGAAUCCAUCAG